AUGGCUCGCCUCUCCGGUCUCCAGCGGGAGGUCUUGUCCCUAUACCGAAAGUGUCUCCGCGCGAUUCGUCAUAAACCUCAGGAAUCAAGAAGCAAUUUCAAAAACUAUGCACGAGCGGAAUUCCAAAAACAUCUCUCGGUGAAUAAAAAGGACUUUGGCGCAGUGGAAUAUCUCUUGCGCAAGGGCCACCGCCAGCUCGAGAUGUACGCUUCUCCGGGCAUUCGUAACAUUCGCUGA